AUGUGCAAUGGCCCAGCCCCGAACGCAAAACGAAAGAAAGAGUACAAUGAGGCUAUGAAUGAGGAUCCUGAAUGGAAGGCGUUUGUCGCGAAGAAGCGGGAAGAGGAAAAACCCAGCAAAUCGCAAGCAAACACGGUACUUCAGAGCGGAGAACUAGGCUUCCUUUCCAUGUCGACUACAAAUCGCCAGCAAGUCGAGAGCACAUCAAGGAUAGAUUGUUGA